GACUCUGAUGAUGGCAAUGAUGCAGAUGAGAGCGAUGAUGAUGAUGAUGAUGAUGAUGAUGAUGAUGAUGAUGAUGAUGAUGAUGAUGAUGAUGAUGNUGAGGAGCUAGAAGGGUUGUAGACAUUCGUCUGCACGAAUAGUCUUUUCUCGUCACGGAACUUAUAAAUGCUCCUCCCUUGAAACGCGCUGUUUUUGAGUCUCUUGUUUUGUACCUGCCGAAACAAGAGAGUACAAGAUUGCAUGUUACGGUGAGAUCAUUUGUGGUAAGAACACUGGACGGAGCGUGCGCCAGAGAGGAAGACAGACAUCGUGGGAAAAUGUUCCGAGUUCCGAAAUAUGAAGAUUCCUGUCUGUUCAUGUGACCUCUUUUUUCAGCCUGAUGGUUUCCCUCGACGUCCUCUCGCCGUGAAAAUCAGGUUGUAACACUUGUCCAUACUUAAGCAGGGCAAAUGAUUGAUUAUGGUGAUCAUGACGAAUCGGAGUUAAAGUUCAAGCUUAUAUGAUAAGGGAGAUGUGAAUACAAUUUUCCAUUUUAUCAGUUAUGAAAUGAUCUGAAACAUAAAUUACACCUGAGAUUCCAACACCACCCUUCCCCCUAUGUAACGAUAAGAACAAUACGAUACCUCGAUUUUUUCCGGGUAGCCUUAUGUGCUACCAAUACGUUAAGCAUUACCAUCGAAUUACAAGAUUGGAAUAAAGAAUAACCUUCGAAGGCACGAGCUCCGAACAAAGAGGAACUUACCUUUUUAAUUCCCACAAGAAUCAGUAGGAUGACUAUUACGGGACCACACACGAUGAGAACAAUGAUCCAUCGUGCUAAUCCUGAACUAUCUUUUUGUUCCUCGGGGCACUCAGUAGGAAAUACACUCGUGAUGCUUACACUAGUAGUUUGGCUGAACCUCUUAUCACCACCGUCCGCUGUCCUAAUGACAUCUCUCAAGGCGUCGGUUCUGCUUAUGCUCCAUGUGAUUUUGAAGUAAGUUCUGUAAUCGAAAAUGAGGCUUCCUUCCCGUAAGCUACUUACUUCCACGUUUAUAAAAAGUUCGUCAUAUGCUUUCUUAAGCACUUUGGUUUAAUGUUCAGUGAGUUGACUGUGAAGCGUUUUGUACUGCAAAGAGUUGAUAUCGGAAUAGGUAGCGGCCCACUUGUACUCAAUGGUUACGGAACCUUGAAUCAAUCGGAAUGUCACAGGUGAUUGUGAUGGAGCUGCCGAUGACAACGUUGAUUGUGAAGACGAUUGCCAUGGUGAUGGUAAUGAUGACGAUGGUGAUAGCGAUGCUGUUGACGAUGACGAUAUCAACUGUGAUGGCGAAAAUGACGAUGAUUGUGAUGACGUUGUCCGUAGAGAUAAUGAUGCUGAUGGCAAUGGAACUGGUGAUGACUGUGAUAGAGGUUGGGACGAUGAUGAUGACACUGAUGAUGAUGACAUGGAGUGCGUUGCCGAUUUUGAUGGAGCUGGUAGUGAUGAUAACUGUAACGGAGAAAGGGACGAUGGUGAUGAUGAUGAUGAUGAUGAUGAUGAUACCGAUUGUGAUGGAGCUGGUGUAUCCGAUGAUGAAUGUAAUGGUGGUGGGGACGAUGAUGAUGAUGAUACCGUUUCUGAAGGAGAUUGUGAUGAAGCUGGUGAUGACGAUAAUGAUGAUGAUACCGAUUGUAUCGGCGAUUUUGAUGGAGUUGGCGAUGACGAUGAUGACUGUGAUUGAGCUGGGGACGAUGAUGAGGAUAGCGAUGACGAUAGCGAUGAUGACCGUAAUUGAGGUGGAGAAGGUGAUGACGAUACCGAUUGUGAAGGCGACUGUGAUAGAGAUGGCGCUGACGAUAAUGACUGUGAUGGAGGUGGCGAUGACGAUACCGAUUGUGACGAUAAUUGCGAUAGAGCAGGCGAUUAUGAUGACGAUGGAGACAAUGAUGGCGGUAGUGAUGAGGGCGUUGGCGGUGUUGUUGUUUGUGAUAGCCCUGAUGGCGAUGGUGAUGAUAAUUUCAUUGUUAAUAGGACUGACUCUGAUGAUGGCAAUGAUGCAGAUGAGAGCGAUGAUGAUGAUGAUGAUGAUGAUGAUGAUGAUGAUGAUGAUGAUGAUGAUGAUGAUGAUGAUGAU